ACCUGGAUGCAGGGAGCCCUGACUUUGCCCCCCCCCCAGAGCCCCCGAGGGGUGCGCAAAGGAGCAGUGUUUGAAGGAGUGAGUGAGCGGCAAUGCCAGGCGCUCCAUGCAUCCAGGUCAGUUUCCCACGUGGGUGCAGGAUUGGGGAUGCAAUGGUUAGGGGCACAGGAGGGGGUACAGUGUAGGGGUUAGGAGCGCAGGAGGGGGCAGGGAGCCUCAAAAGCCCACAUUGGCCAGGGGCAAUGAGGGGGGGCACUGUGCCCAUGGGAACCAGUGUGUGUGUGUGUGCCAAAAUACAAGUUUGCCCAGGGUGCCAUUUUCCCUCAGACCAGCCCUGCUGAGAGUGAAGCCCCACAUGUCUCCUCGCUAUGCCGCAGACCCCUCUCUCUUUCAUUCUCUUGCUCUGUUUCUCCUUCACCCACGCACUCAUACCAUCCCUUUGAUGCUGACUCAGUGGAAUGGAAAGUCUAUACCCUCUGCUAAGACCGGACACCAGGCACUGUUUUUGCUGAACAGGAGGAAAAACACCUUGCGCUUUAACUGUAAUGUAUUCUCCAACCUCUCCUCCUCUCCUUUCUUCUUUCUGUUACCCACUUCUCUGUUUCCCAGUUCCUCCCUCCUGAUCACUCCGCUGACAAAAAAUAGAGAGAGAAAGAGAUCCUCCAGCAGAGGAGAAUUGUGCCCCUGAGUCACCCUGUGCUCCCUGACCCCAGGGAGAGGCCCCGCCCACUCCGGUUAGUGGGGGAUGUGUGCACAGAAGGGAGCACAGUCAGAAGUCACCAGAGAGGACAAAUGCAUGAUUAAGUCAGAUGGAGCCAAAACCAGUGGGUGCUGGAAAGUGUGAGCCACAAAAGGAGGGAUUCUCUGAGGUGACAAGGGGGCCCCAUGUGUGACAGGGAUGGGAAUCUAUGAAUCUCACUAUGCAAAGUUCAGUUCUGUUCUCCCUGAACUUCUCAGCACCUACAUGGGAGCUGGGAGAAGCCCCCACGUCACAGGACCUGAAGUUGGGUCUCCCCAAAACUAGAUAGAGAGGGAUCAUUCCCACCCUGGGAUGCAGUGUCUUGCCAUGCAACCCCAAAAGCACAGCAACCUUUUCUGCAGCCAAUAUGCAGCCUCCUCCCUCAGCUCCUCCUGGCCAUCUCCCUUCCAGUGUGGUCCUGGGUUUUGGAUCUACUACUACAUUUGUCCUGGCUGAAACUCACUUUAUUUCCUGGCCCCAUCUCCCACGGGAGCUGGAACAAUUCGUGUAGCCAUUGAAUCAAACUGUAAACCCAAUAUAUGAUGGGAACCACUUCAAGCCAGGGGGUGUGGCAGUAUCCCCAGCACCCCUAGUUCCAGCACCUGUGCCAUCUCUAGUCUUUCUUAGUCCCUUUGGGUUAUUUGCCUGUCCUUCCUGUUGUUUGCAGCUCCUCAUUUAGUGUCCCCCUGUGAAUUGGAAAUACAGAAAAAGAAAGCCUAUAUUUGAGAAAGUAAAAGAAAAAAUGGAAAGAGGAACAAGGCAUUUUGAAAAGACUAAAACAAUUAAUUGACAGAAACAGUGAGAGGCGGAAAGAUCAAACCAAAAAAGGUAAGAGAUGAAAGAAAAACAUGAAGGGCACUUGCUGGGAAGUGUCUUCUACAAAUUUUCCGCUGUCUGGGUAGAAGCGAAACUGUGAAGAAAACAACAGAAACCCAGAGAGAGAAUUUCCACUAAAAGAUGCUUAGAACACGAUCUCUGACUCCUUCUUCCUCUGUCUCCAUCUCUUUCUGCACGUGCCUCAGUCUGAUGCUGGUUUCUUGGCUGUGACGCAUCUUCUCAGCGCUGUGAGGAAAUUAGCUGCCCACCCGCAUUAUAAGGGCAUCUAGGGAAAGGCUUUGAUCAGAACGAGAGAGAUAGUGAGCGAGAGAGCAAGUGAACGAGAGAACCUGACGACCCACUCACCUGCCCCCUCCUUUGUCCAGUCCAUGCCUUGUUCUCACUCGUCCCUUGAAGCUUUGGAUCCAUUCUGGUGAUGAACUGAGUGUGGAGACACAUCCCCUUUGUCUCCUUGAUGCCACCAUGACAUUGGCAUUCAUGCCACUGUCUCUCGCCCUCAUGCUGCUGGUGAACAAUGCCAGCAGUACUUCCCCUGGAGCAGCAAAGGAGCAGAGGGGGGAGCAGAGGGUGUGGGCCAAAGUGGGGGACCUGGUUGUGCUCCCCUGUCACCUGAGUCCUCAGGAGCUGCAGAGCAGCUGGAAGCAGCUGUAUGAGAAGACAGCCGUCCGCUGGGAGCGGCAUGGGGAAAGCUCCCACAAAGAGCCCCACAUGGUGCUGGAGGUGGAGUACAGUGGUCUCCUGAAGACAGCCCGAUCCAUGAUGCCCCGAGCCUCCGUCAGGGAAACCAGCUUCCGCCAGGGGGACUUCUCCCUCUGGAUUGAGCCACUACGGAAUGAUGAUGCAGGCCAUUACGAGGCACUGGUGAGAUAUGGCAAGGAGACUCGGCGCUGCCAGCUGGAGCUGGGCAUGGUGACAGUGACUGUCAAUCCCCCAGGCCUGCUGGUGGAAACGGAGCCUCUCUUGCUACUCUGUAACUCCAGUCAUCCGGCUAAGCUUGUGGGGAUGCGCUGGUUCCAUAAUGGCAGCCUGGUCCCCGUCUCCGGCAGGUUCCGUUCCCGCGAUGGGGCUCUAUCCAUCUCUAGGCCAACUGUGAGUGAUUCAGGGCCCUGGAGCUGCGAACUCACAUACUCAAAUGAUGAGAAAGUUUCUGCCACAUUCAACCUUCAAAUUCUAGGUUUUGCUGGCCCAGCCUCUCCUGUAGUCUAUGCUGCAGUAGGAUCUGCCACCAACCUUCCCUGCCUCCUGAACCGAGACCCUAGUGCCUCCGGCAUUCUAGCGGUGUCAGCCCACUGGAGCCGUCUUGCAGGAGGGGAUCUGGAAAUACGGGGCAUCUCCAGGAAUGGGAGCAAUGGGAGCUUCACCCUCCAUCUCCCUGAGGUGGGACCAGGGGAUGCAGGGCAAUACUGCUGUGCUGUCUCUAUCCAUGGCACGACCAUCACUAGAGACGUGACCUUGGCAGUGAUGACAGUCACCCCAAGCAUCAAAGGGCCAGUCGCUGAAGGCUCUCGUCUGCUGCUUAUCUGCAGCCUCACCCACCCCAGGGGGCACGAGCACUUUCAGUGGAGGCAGCUGAGCUCAGGCCUCAGCAAUGGGAGCUCAUUUGAGGCCACUCCCAGGAGCCCAGGGGUCCAGCGCUACUAUCUGGGUUCCACCCUGGAACUGACCCGUGUGUCCCAGGAGGAUAUUGGCACCUGGGAGUGCAGUGUCCAUAGCUCAGAAGGGAGGCUGGGAGCUGUGGAAUAUGAGCUGUAUAUUACAGGUGCCCAGCUCUCUGGUCCUCAUACCAUUCUGGAUGGGCAGGUCUCUUUUGGCCUUAUCCUUGUCCUCUUCCUCCUGCUUGUGGCCUCCAUCCUGGCUUUGGUCCUGCGGAACCAAAGGAUAUUCUCCCCAGCCUUCCCAGCACUGGAGCGGGUGGUUACCGCCCCCACACCAGGGAAUGCAGUGAAGGAUGAAGGCCAGGAAGGGAAGAGCCUGCAGACAGAGUGCUGAUGGAAGAGAAGGCACAAAGAUCAAUUGGAAUGGCAAGCACUUCAAUGGGAAAACAAGACUGUGUUACACAGCCGGGGGAUGGGAACCAUGCAGACUUGUCCAGAGGGCAUGGAGGUCACAUGGACACAGCAUGGGGACCAUGCCACUGCAGAGGGGGUGGGAGUCAUAUGACAAAAAGGAGAUGGGAGUCACUUGGGUGCAGGAAGGUUGUGGGGGGGGGGGGGGGCUGUUGUACUGGUUUCUGAGCUUCCUUUUUGAAGCUGAAGGACUCCAGUGUCCAUAACCUGCUUCACUUCCACUUGUUUCUCUCUCACUCCCUUGUUCUUUCUCUUUCACACCCUCUGCCCUCUGUCUCCCUCUCUCAGCCUUGCUCCUUCCUUGGAGGGGUGUGAGUGGCCUUUAGCAGAUGGGGAGAUUGGCAGAGACCUGGCUCCGCUUUGCCCACAGGGAAUUUAACUCCCCGCUGCUGACUUCCCUCUCUGUAUCCCAUAAGCAUCCUGCUCCAGCACACAUUCGCUGGCACAGCAGAUCCUUCAGCCAGAGAUAUUGCAUAGUUGAGUUUGUUAUAGUUUAUUAGUACUCAGAAGAAAAUGUCCUUCAAUAAAAUCCCCCCACUGGAAACCCUUUGGUCUCUGUGUACAUUUGGGGUGAAAUGGGCCUGUCUAGCACAUUGUUUGCAUCUGGUUGUCUGUGUGAAGCAGCUUCCCUGAAAUCUGCUCCCCCGUGGAUUUCACUUUUAUUUUUGUUUUCCUGCUGUAGAUCAUUAGUUUCUGGACUUUCAGGAGGGAAAAUGAAAUGGCACCAGAAAAGGAAAAGUUACACGCUCUGUCCAUCCCUUUCUCUCGGUUUCAGUGUCUCUCUCUUUUUUCUGCCUGUCUCUCUCUGUGCCAUUCACUCUCUUUCUUUCAUUUUCUCUCUCUCCCCACUCUGUCUUUCUGAUGAGACAUCAACGCAAGAGAUCCUGACCACUCAUGGUCAUUAAACAUCCCUGUCAUUUCCCCCCAGUUUGGGGCAUUAACCUGUCAAAUGCCCCACACCAGGAUCCAGGAAGAGUGCUGGCCAAACCCCUGCUGAGUGCAUCCAUUUCACCACCCUAAAUCCCACUGUGAUCUCGCUGUAUACAGAACUCCCUUUUGCUUCCUGUCCCAAAUUAUUGUGUAGUGCUGCUGUGUGGCUGUUAAACAACUGCUGUGUCUUACCCCAGAGGUAGCUGAGUAAAUAUUGUUAUUACUGCAGGCUUUCACUUUUUGUAGCUUGUGUAGGCUGA